ACAUGGAUGAGCGGACCGCCGCUCAGGUCCAUCUACUGGGGGAGGCCCCACCACUAGCUCGUCCAGGCUUCUUCCGAUACUCCUGGUUCGAGACACAGUUCAGGGUCCAGCCCGCAUUGGGGGAGGAGACUCAGAUGACCGAGGAGGACGUGGAGAGGUAUGCUCGCGGCUUCCUCAUGUUCCUAUUCGGGACUACUAUCUUCGUCGACCGGGCGAACACCGUGCCUCUCUGCCUUCUCAGCGCACUGGUGGACGUCCGGGAUAUCUUGCACUACGAUUGGGGCGGCGCUGCUCUGGCCACCCUGUACGGAUAUAUGAGCUCGGCUUCUCGUGGCAGCGGCCAGCUGCUUGGAGGUUACUGGCGGGCUUGGGAGUUGUGGGUUUACGCCUACUUCCCUAGGCUUGCACCCGUACCAGUUGCGGAGCCUCCUCCGGCUGUCCCGUUCUCGAGUCGCUUACAUCAGAGACGCACCCGGCGACCACGGGAGACAUUCGCUCAGAAGACGGCGUUAAAAGAUUCAAGGAAGAGAGAUAAAAAGGUCAUGUAUCUACUCUAUCAAGGCAUUGAUGAGUCAAGCUUUGAGAAGAAUUCAGCAGCAGCAACCUCUAAAGAGGCAUGGAGUGUUCUUCGCAAUUCACAUCGUGGAAUUGAGAAGACGAUCAGAGUUCGACUCCAGGUGUUACGUAGUGAAUUCGAGAUACUGCACAUGAAUGAGAAUGAGUCAAUUUCUGAGUACUUCAACAAAACAUUGACCAUUGUUAAUCAGAUGAGAAGAUAUGGAGAGAAGAUAGAAUCUCUUCAAGUGAUGGAGAAGAUUCUUCUUCGAUCACUCAAUCCUAAGUUCUAG